GUGUGUGUGUGCAUCAGUGUGUGAUUUAUAUUAAGCCAUUUGUGUAUUCAUGUGAUGGUUACAUCAACCCAAGCUCAUAUUGAUAAUUCUGAAUUGUAUGACUGAGCUUUGAGCGGUCCGUUUGUUAUUAACCAGUCCGGAUCUCAACGCGAGGCGGCCGUUGCCAUGACGACUGGAAUACCGCGAUGCCAUGGCAACCUGUUGUCUCCGUCGUUUCGCGGAUAGCGCGGAGUAAAAGAUGGUGAAAGGAAUAUUUCUAGAUAUUUCCUUUCAUUUUUUUGGCAGAUUUUCCAGAUUUAAAGGAUUUCUGACAUAUUUUAGUCAUGUGUGAGUGUGUGUGUGUGUGUGUGUGUGUGUGUGUGUGUGUUGUGUGUUGUGUUUGCCCUGUUAAUACUAUAUUACAGGACAUAAACUUCUGUUAUCAUUUUGCUAAUACACUACAUGGACAAAAGUAUUGGGACAUCUGUUUUUUUCCGUAUGCUAUAUAUGGAUUUUCUCACACUGGAUCUACAAAGUUGAAGGCACAAAAUUGUGUAGGACAUUCUUGGAUAGGGGUGCAUGAAAGUUUCCGUUUAUUUAGCUCCAUGAAGAUAUAGGUUGGAGUGGAAGAGCUUUAGUGGCCUUCUAUAGAUCUAUAAACACUACUACUAAACCCUUGUAGCUGAAUGAGGUAAAACAUCUACACAAAUCUAGAAGAACAUCUUCUCAGAAGAGAACAGGAUGUUCAAAAAAGCACUGCUAUGAUGCUCGGGUGUCCGCAUACUUUUGACCACAUAGUGCAAAUGUUUUGGACGAGUCAUUUUUUUGGGGACAUGAGAAGUGUUUUGUCUCUCUGUGAUCAUAUCAAAUCUGUUAUAUCCAUUUUAUACGUUUAUGAUAGAAAUACAUUUCAACACUGGCAUUUCACUUCUCACUUUUGAAUUUUUGUAUUUUUUUUUUUACAAUUUCCGUUAUUCCCUUUGUCCUCUCAUCAAGACCCGUUUGCACCAGCUGCGGAUUUUGCGACUAUUUCCCCACAGCUGGACAUGUUCUCCAUGCAGCCUGCGGAGAGCAGCGCCUCAUUAUUCGGCAGCGUCUCACCUGCCACCACUCAGACCCCGUUCGCCCCCAGCACGCCCAACGCUGCAGCCCCUGCGGCUCCCACGAUAGAUCUGUUUAGUGGUUUUUUUGAUUCCAUGCCUCAACCAGCUCAACCCAAAUCUGAGUGUGCUCCCAGUCUAGACCUCUUUUCAUCAGAUGUGUUCAGCCCACCUCCCGCUGCUCUCUCGGCCCCUGCGAGCUGGCUGGACGUUGGUGCGGCUCAGGAUUCGGUCGGGAGUUGCUCGGGUGCUUCAGGUUGGGGUUCGAUUUGUUGCUGCAUUCCUUGAAUUUAGAAGUGCGUCAUUUCCAAGCUCAAAGUGGGAAAAUUAAAUGUGGAUGAUGGUGUAUAGGAAGUGUCAAAGAUUUAAUAGAUACCCUAUAGGGCCAAAAGUUUGUGGACACCUAGGCAUAAGAUUUAGCUUUUUGAAACUUCCCCAUUCCACAAUUAGUCCCUUUUUAUGUUAUAAUAACCUCCAAUAUUCUGGAAAGAUGUUCCACUAGAUUUUGUAGAGAUUUGUGCUCAUUUAGAAAAAAGGGGCGUCAACAAGAUUUGCUACUCCAACCCAUGCAUCUUCACUGAAGAACAGGUUUGGGUCCAAAGGAAAUGUAUAUGCCAACACAUCUACAGACGUCCGAUACAACUGUGAGUUGAACAGCUUGUGAAAGUACCACAUGUUAAUGGAAAGUCAGGUGUACCAAUACCUUUGGCCAUAUAGUCCAUAUGACUAGAAUAGUAACACGUUUAAUGAUUGGAGAUGCUUUUGUGUUUACUCUUGAUGCUGUAAACGGCCAUUUGGAUUUCAUGCCACUUGCUGAACUCGAGGUUGAAAAGACCGUUCCGUGUUUUGGUUCUGAAAUCGGAAAUGACGACUUACGACUUACAGUGGAACACAGCGAUUUUGGAUGCUUUCUCUUUGACUUGGUGCUCACAUGGAACGUUUAACCUAAAAAAAACCUUGUCUGGGUGCCAGCAACUUUUGAAUUGUUAAAGGUUUUGCCUGCCUCUAGGUUGAACUGCGUGUGUAAUUCAGCUGUGUGUUGGAGUUUGCUCACAUUAAAGUGAAAGAUGUCCUUGCUGUGUGUGAUUGACACUUGAUCUUUGUGUCUCUGGGGUUUCC